AUCGGUAACCGCGGUGAAAUAAGGAUUAGGAAGCAUCAAAACAUCAUCAAUGGCAAGUCUUCUAUCACUGCAGGAUUAUAAAGAUUCAGAUGAAUCUAGCACAGAAGAAUCUGAAGUUAAUGCCCAUUUGCUGCCACUUAAAAACCAAACAGUGUCAGUUUCUUCGACAAUAGCCUUAGUUGCCGCACCAGAAGUAGUCUCUAAUGUAUGUUGUACUCUGUUGUGAAAGAACCCUAUUCUCGAUUGACUCUGCUUUACCUUUUUUUUUUUUUCAAUGUUAAAGCUUUGAAAAUUUAAGUUAAAAAUUGUAUAUAGGCACACUUAAUUGAUUUACUGAUCUAGACUAUAUUUAAAAAGAAAAGCUGUUCAAUUAUUUUUAAAAAUAUCCUUAAAUUUAUUAUAAUUUAGAUUCUGUCAUCCUAGCUUUCUAGUCUAAGUCUAAAGUUUCUUAAUCAAUAAUCCAAAGUUAAUGUAAAUGGCUAAUAUGAGUCCGAACCAUAUCAAAAUUUUGCUACACUGCCUACACUUAAUUAAUCAAAAUAAGGAUAAAUUUAUGUAGCUUUAAAUUUUCAUAUAUGUUUAUGUAGUGCCUACUCCUUGAUUUUAAUAGUGUGAGAAUCACUGAUAAUGUGAUUGGUUUUUUGUCUUAUAAUACUUAUAUAAAUAAAAGAAUGAAUAAAUUACUUUAAUUACAAUAUUAACAUCACACCAAUUUGAGAUGUAUAUUAUAAUGUAUAUUUAAUAUUUAUUUGUCAGUUAUAAUUAUCUUUUCACUCCAAAAAUGUGCAGUUUAUUGAAUUUAUAUUGGAAAAUUAGGAUAUUACAUUUAAAAACAUUAUUCAUUAUUUAUAUUAAGAAAAUGCUUUUCUAAAGCAUAUUUUAUUCGUACAUUUAUUAAUAUAUUAUUAUAAUAUCAAUGAAUCCUGUAAAUAUAAAUGUAAAUAUUACAUUUUUAUGUUAGAAAUAUGCAAGAAGUUUGGUUGAAUGGGAUGAUGUUAGAAAUAUGCAAGAAAUAUGGUUGAAAGCAAUGAGCUGAAAAAUGGAUGACAGGAGGAGGAAAACUAAAUGAUAAAAAAAAGUACUUGAGGUCUGCACUAAAAAAUGCACAACUUUUGAACCACUUGAGCUAGAAAAUUUAUCUUGAUGUUUCCGUAAACCCUUCAAUAGGCUCUAUUCAACUUUAGUCCAUUUAUAUGUUUAGAAUUAUUAUGGCUCACAAACAUAAUUUCAUAAUAGUUAAGAUUAGAGUCUAUGCUAGACUAUGUCAUAUGGGCAUGGCAUGGCAUGAGACAUGAGCCUCUUUUAGAACAUUUUUUUGUAUUGUAAACCAUUCUCAUCACUCAAUGUUCACUCUCUUGAUUGUGAAGACUUAUUCUUAUGAUCAUACAAAAAAGUUUAGAAUUUAGAGCCAGCAAAAAGAAAUAAAAAAAUGUGGAGAAAAUUUUGGUUUCCCUUUAAAAUAUUUGUGUGCAUAUAACCAAGGGGCCUAUUAGUAUAUAUAUAUACAUAUAUAUAUAUUACAGUAGAACUCGGUUAUGUCGACGGUCUUGGAGUUUGCCAAAAAAUGCCGAGAUAACCUGUAUGGCGGCAAUUUAUUAACAUGUGCUUGAAAUUUCUUCAUUUACAUGAUGUGCGUAAAUAAAUGCAUCACUUCAGUAAAAAAAAAAGAUUAAAUAAUUUUUUUUUCAGUUAUUUAGAGCAAAUUUCAAAUUAAAAAAAUUAAACCAAAAUCAACUUUUUAACUUAAGUACUUUUUGAGCUACGAAUUUUUUAAGUGCAAGUUUGUUUGGUAUUUUCUACUAUGGACGAAGCCUUCACAUUUUUUGCCCUUAUUCUGCUCAUCGUGUCUUGCGCGAUCACUCUAUAGUUUAUAUAAUCACUAUAUAGUUUAUAUAAUACAAAGCAUCUCCUUAUUACUAAAAUACUAUUUAGGGACUACUUACUUUGAACUUUCAACUUUGGCACAUGACUAUUAAAUUAAAAGCUUUUGCACACGGCAAACUCUUAUGAAUGAAACUCUGAAAUAGUACCUCAGCAUAGCCAUUAUGCAAAUGAUCGUGAAUUGCUCCCAUGACAACGUUUUGCACACGGAAAAUUAUGAUCAUUUGUAAUAUGGACUCUACUGGAUUUUUAAACCUUGAAUAAAAACAUAUUUAUUUAAAUUACUUCUAGGUUCAUUCUAAACACAAGUCCUGUAUUUUGAGAAAUAAAUAAUUAUUUUUAAUUAAGAAAAACUUGUUUAUUUGUUGUUUGCUAUUUCUUCUUGCGGAGUUCAAAAGCCGUUGAUCGGUCAUGGGGAUCGAGAUAACCAAGGUUAAGUGGCAAAUUUGGCCACCUUUUGUGCUCGAGAUAUCAGGGUUUGGAGACAAAAAUAAGAAUCAAUAUAACCGAGGAGAAAAUGCUAAGACAAAGAGAGAAUUUGAUGGUUCCACCUCAAAAAAGUUGACAUAUAACAAGGUUGGCGAGUUAACCGAGGUCGAGAUAAUCGGGUUUGAGUGUAUACAUAAUCAAUUAAAUUUUUUUUAUAUAUUUAUAUUUAUGAUUAGAACUAUUCAGUUUUGACUUACAAUUAAGAAAAACCUAAAUUUAGGUAAACAGGCAAAUAACAGGUCACUUAUAUUUUUGGACCUUCCAUUAUUAUUUUUGAAAAUUCCAGUGGAAACCAACUUGCCAAACAUAUAUAUGUAAUGUAUAUUUGUAUCAUUCCUAGGUCCAUAAAUAUUUUUUCUUCUAAAUAUUUAUGUUUAGCUAGUUGUCAGAUAGGCCUACAUCUUUGUUUUAUUCUGCUUUAAAGGAAGACAACUUUGGUCUUAGACACAUUGAUCCUAAAACAAAAGAGCUCAAGUAUAAUCCAAAGCAUGAUGAACUUUUUGCACCACAUGUAAGUUAAGGAUUAAAUAUCUUAUCAAAUUAUAGAAAUUUUGGAUGCAAAAAAUAUACCCACAUUAAAAAUUAAAUGAUGCAUGAUUUAAAUAUUUUUCAUAGAUGAGCUAUAAAUUAAUUUGUAGAUGUUCAUAAAAAAAGUUCUCAAAUAUAUGUUUUUGUUUAUGCAUAAAAAUCAAUUUAAAAAAUUAAUAAUAACUCUGUAAUAAGAAGGAUAGGUUAAUUUGAUUAAAUUAAUCAACUGAAGAAUCAUUUGUUAUGUUAAAUAUAAUAAACAGCUAAUUAUCAUCAAUGCCCUUUCAGGUGGGUCCAGUUAAUCCCUACCGAACUCAGCAGGCAAGUGCUAUGCGAAACACCCUCUCAGGCUUUGCAGAACCAGCUCAUUUCAGUGAUUUUCAAUUUGAUAAUCAGAGAAAAACAUUCACAAGUUAUGGUAAGUGUAAUUUUUUUGUAAAUUUCACAGAAGAAAAAAAUAGAAAGCCUUGCCAGUUUUAAUCCCAUUUUAUUAUUGUUAUUAAAUGUUAUGAUUAAAUACUGAAGUUUUAUUUAUGUUUUCAGUGUUUUGGUAUGGUCUCUGUGUAUAUAUGGCGCCAUCUUAUCUCAAAGCACUCAUGACGCCUUAUGUACCCACUAGAGAGCUCCGCUCAUCCGAUAGUGGCAAAAUAUCGAUACCGUGUGUUCACCUUGAGACUUACGGAAAGCGCACUUUUGCAUUUGCCGGCCCAACAAUUUGGAACGCAUUUCCAGUCGCUCUCAGAAACAGCCAGACACUGGAGUCCUUUAAAACCGAUUUAAAAACACAUCUAUUUAGCAAACACCUUCUGGGGUGAUGCUAUCUACCAUCUUUUUCAGUUAAUGUAUAUUGGCUUGUGUUGCUAAUGGUUGAAACGGGAUGAAAGACUUUGACUGGGUAUGGUCGUAUGUAGCUUUAUAUUGUUGCGUCUGUUUUUAAAUGUGGUAAAUUUUAGAUUGUUUUUAUGUCUCUUUUUAAUAUGGUUGACUUUGUACCGCGCUUCGAGCUUUUGGAGAUGAAGCGUGGUUUUCAAAUAAACAUUAUUAUUAUUAUUAUCAUAUUUUUUAUUAUUAUGUAUAGACUAUUUCAUUUUCAAAUUUCAUAUUUUUUUCUUGAUAGACAAGUGCAUAAAUUUGCAUAAUUUUGUUCAAUUUAGGUUUUGCAUUAGAUCCAAGUGUAGAUGAUGGGGGAACGCCUGAGACUUUUGUUGGUGAUUCUACAUCAGUAGAUGAGAAUAAAGGUUGGUGUGCUGGCCAAAAAAAUUUCAUUUUUUUUUUCAACUAAUGUUCAAGGGCAGCUUGUUACCUAACCUUCUCUAUACUCUACACCUCUUAUGAAUUGUUUGACUAAGUCUCGCACCCCUUUCUAAAAAAAAAGCAGUGCAAUUAAAUUUUUUUUUAAAAUAGACUUUAUUAAUUAUUAAAAAAUUUAAUUGCAAAGAGAACAUUAAAGCUUAGAAAAUAAACUUGUGGCUUAUUUCAUAAAGUAAAAUGUUAAUUAAGGAAUUUUAAAGAAUAUAUCAACAUUUAUAUCAUAAAUGUUUUAAAUCUUUCCUCUGUACUUAUAAUUGUUUAUCUUCACACCAUCCACCCCUUGGGGUUAGAGAACUCUAUGUUGGGAAAAUGCAUUCAACAUUUAAGGCCAACAUUUCAUUUACAUUUAUAGAGAUUUUUAUUUGCUACAUUCCAGUGAAUAAUCUUCAACUUUUCAUUAUUAUAGGUAAAACAGUGUUUGAAACGAACUCAACAGUAGAGAAGAGUAAAAAGAGACAACGGGAAAAGAACAAAGAUCCCGCUGACAUAGAUGGUUACUUAGGCCCAUGGGCAAAAUAUAAAGAUGAAGAAACAAUCUCCAGACCAAGUGAGGUAAUGAAAAAACAGAUAAGCUUUGUGACUUUCUUCUUUUAACUCUAAUGGAUUCUAUUCCUAAACAGUUUAUCAAAGUACGGUUGAAAAUAUCAGUGAAGGCUUGUUUAUUUUAUUUUAAAUUCAUAAUUACCUUUAGCACAAGGUACCAGAAUAUAAACGUGAUUUAAUGAAAAAAUAAUCUGUGCUAUGUUAAGAUGUUUUCUCAUUUUGUGACUUCAAAACUAGAAAAGCUUUUGUUAUUAGCAAAGUGUCAAACUUAAAACUUAAGUAAAAUUAUGGGAAUAAGAUUACAUCUGAAAUAAUUUCUUUUUUGCAAAGCUUCGAUCAGAGUUGUCACUAAGUUGUCAUGUGAGGGAUGACAUUAAAAUUACAGUCCAUAAAUGUAGGUGCAGUGUUUCAGCAAAAUUGUAUUUUCCCCACAUAGCCAGUUUUUCCCCUCACAAGAUUUGGUAUUUAACAUAUCUACAAGACUUAGAGCAUGAGAUUUGAUUUGUGGAAUCUUUAGUUGUAUAUAUUUCUUUGAACCAAUGCACAGUUUUAUCAGUUGUAUCUUUUGUGGUGUGGAUGAUCAGUUUUUCUUCAGUCCAGGGUUUCUGGGAUAAAGUUAUUGCACUAAAACAUGACAUAUCAUAAUACUCCCACCUUUGUUCAACUGGCAGAGAAGGAGCACAAGAAGGAAUUCUCUUCUGUCUAGUUUCAGUAUUAUCUUGUAGGGUGAAACCAUGAGUUAAGGCAUCUGGUGGGAACAAAUGAAAAUCAGUGUGAUAGAAAAGCAUUCUUAUGUGAUGUAUAAACUAUCCAACAGGAAGAACAAAAGGAAUUGGAUGAAAUUCUGGCUAAAAGAAACAAGACUGGAAAACAAAUGGAAGAGAAACCUAUGGAAGAAAAAUCAACAUUACAUGGUGAGAUGCUUUGUUUAAUUUAUAAUUCAGCUAAAAAAUAAUAUCAUCUUUUUUAUUUAAGCUUAACUUAUUUGGAGUUUGAAUACUUUGUGAUAAGGACUUUUUAAAAAUUAGAAUUAUUAUGACACAUCAGUUUUAAAUAUUAAUGUACUCUGACAAAGUUAAUUAAUGCUCUAUGACAUGGUUCUAAACUGAAAACAAUUUAUUAAAUGAAAAUUUUACCAAUUGGUGUUUGAAAAAAAUCUAGUCCUUGAACAAUUUUUGAGAAUUAUUUACUUUUUAUUUCUACAGUCAAAGAUGCUUAUGAUUACCAGGGAAGAUCAUUCUUGCAUCCCCCACAGGAUGUCGGGGUGAACCUGAAAUCAGAAGAACCCCCAGAGAAAUGUUUCCUCCCAAAGAAAUUAAUCCAUACAUGGGCUGGUCACACAAAAGGAAUUGCAGCUAUAAGAUGGUUUCCGAAAUUUGCACAUCUAAUUUUAUCAGCUGGAAUGGACAGCAAAAUAAAGGUGUUUAGAAAAAUAUUUUCAGCCUUUUUUUACAAUUUUUGUAGUUUUAAAUUCUUGUUGUGCAAAAUCUUUUCUAGUUUAUGGAUUUGAGACCUUUUGUGUAUCUCUUGACCUUGAAAUGAUUUAUUUAAGUAUUAAAUUAUUUUUAAGAAAUAAUUUUGUGUUCAAAACAGCUGUUUGGCUAUUAAUUUGGUAAAUAUAAAGAUGUGACAGUUUUUAUACUUGAAUUUUAUUCAACCUUGUUUUGAAUCUACCUUAUUUCUUACAAGAAGAAAAGAAAAAGGGAAUUGAGACAGAAAUGCACACUUUUAGUCCCUGAAAAUAGGGGGCAAAUGAUGUGUGCAUGUUAUACGCCGAUAUAAUGUUUAUUUUUUUUCCCUGAAAUUUCCUUCUUAAAUUGAGGUGCGUGUUAUACGCCAAUAAAUACUGUACUUAAAAAUUUAACUAAAAUGAUUAAAGUUUGAUGAAUUUUUGUGCUUUUUAGAUCUGGGAGGUGUACAAAGAACGGAGGUGUAUUAGAACCUAUACUGGUCACAAACAAGCUGUCAGAGAUAUUUGUUUCAACAAUGAUGGCAAAGAGUUUCUCAGCUGUGGUUAUGACAGAUAUUGUAAAUUGUGGGAUACAGAGACAGGUAAUGUUUAACUCCUCAAUUUUUAAGGAGGAAAUAAAGAAUAAUGUAUUUGUGUGCAAAAAAUUAUAAAAUAAUUUCAGCAAAUUUCAGACAUAGGUGGUUUAAAAUUAACAGCUGUCCUUACAACUUUGCUAUUUGUUUAUGUGGCACUUUCAAGUAAAUUGUUCAUUUUAUCCAGUCCAAUGGCACAAAGGUAAAUUACUUUUUCUUAAGCAUAAUCCAUUGAAGGCUGAGUUAAUUGUACUAUUGGACUCAUAUAAGUUCUAUAGACAAGUUGAAGAAUGCUGUAUGGUAAAAUUAAAGGCUUAACAGCCUUAAAAAAACAAUUAUAAGUUUUUUAAUAAAUCUACUUGUGCAAGAUGCUUCCAAUUAAAAGUAUAAUAAUGUUAAAACAUUCCCUGUAAUUAUUUUAAUUCAUAAUUUUUUACCAGAUAUCUUUAACUUUAUCUCUAAGGUGAAUGUAAAGCCCGCUUCACAAGUAGGAAAGUUCCGUACUGCAUUAAAUUUCACCCAGAAGAGGACAAACAGCAUUUGUUUGUUGCUGGAACUUCAGACAAAAAAAUUGUUUGUGUAUGUAACUAUUUUUAAGUAAUUGCUUCAAUUGAUUCUGUUGAUUUCUAUGUGAAUUAAUCUACUUCAUAACAGUUUCCUUACACAGUUUCCUUAAUUUGGAAUGAAAGGGCAAUUUAUUGGUCAGGAAAUUGCAACUGUCUUACAAAACUUCGAGCAACAUAGGAUUAGACUUAACUUUUAUCAAGCUCUACAAUUAUUAUUCAAGUUAUAAUUUUUCUUGUUUUUUUAAACUGACAGCAACUUAAUUACUUUAUUACUUCAAUAUUACAGUGGGAUAUUCGCUCGGGUGAGAUCAUUCAAGAGUACGACAGACAUUUGGGACCUGUCAACACAAUCACAUUUAUCGACCAGAACAGACGGUUCGUAUCUACUUCAGAUGAUAAAAGUCUUCGAGUCUGGGAAUGGUGAGUAAAUAUAAAUUAAAUUCAACCUUUAAACGAACACUUUUUUUCCCCCAGUUUGUGAUUUUGUAUCAUAAAAAUGAAGGGAUCUUCUUUAUCAUAUCACAGGACUGCAUUAUCAACCCUCAUUAUUCUGUAGUAAAUAGAAUCACAUAAUGGUUUUUAAAAAAUGAAAAUUUUGCAUGAGUUGUUUAGUACUUAACUCUUUUAACAAAAGAUAAUGAAUUCCGUUUCUCACUUGGUGAGGAUGUAUUAUAAUAUUAAUAUGAUUGAUUCCUUAGGAAAUAUCUUUGUGUGCCUAUCUUAAUUUUAAGUAGAGACAAAAAGGUUUCCCCCUCCACAAAUGCAUAAUGGCAGAAUAAAAUUUGUAAUAGAACUAACACAGUAAACUGUUAACAUAUUUUGCGUAAAAUAAUAAAAUAAAUUUACUUGUUAAGUUUCAAGAAAUUAUUUUCAUUUACUAAUAAUACAUAUCGUCUAAUGAAAAUUUUCUAUUCCAGGGAUAUUCCAGUUGAUUUCAAAUAUAUAGCAGAUCCUUCCAUGCAUUCUAUGCCUGCAGUUACGUUGUCACCCAAUGGUAAUUCCAGUUAAAUUUUAAUCUAGUCAUUCUUAUAUUCUUGACAGCAAAUUAAAUCUUUGUCUGUAUAAUUAUUGCAUUCAUUUAUCAUUUUAAAUUUCAAAUUUUUAAUAUCAUAUUUUUUUAAAGUACUGUAAGUUAUUGUGUAUUAAAUAGGUUUGUUUAGCAAUGGAACGCAGUGUCUUUAAAAUAGAGACGUUUUGGAUAUUUCCAGCUGCAAAUAUAAUUUUAAUUUCUAAAUACUGACAGUAAAAUAAGUGAAUUUUAGCAGACUUGAUAUACAGUACUUGAGAACAUUUAUUUAUUUAAUUUUUAAGAAUUUGUCACUUAAAGUUAUAUAUUUUUCACAUGACACUCUUUCAGGUAAAUGGUUGGCAUGUCAGUCCAUGGACAACAAGAUCUGUGUGUUCAAUGCUCUCAACAGGAUGAAAUUUAUCAGGAAAAAAACAUUCACAGGCCACAUGGUAGGGAUUGGUUUCUUACAAAACAAAGACAAAAUUAGAUGAGCUUUCAUCUAAUUAGAAUAAUUGUUAAUGAAAGUAUACCCGUUAGGGUUAGCCCUGUAAGCAAAUUGGCCACAUAUUCAACAAUCAGCCUCAAUAUAAUGGCCGCCCAAAUUUUAAUAUGGUAUUUUAUAAUGAAAUAGAAGUAAUUUACUAUCUUAUAAUCUAUCAUAAUUAAUAACAAUUGAGGAGCUGCUAUUUGGGUUAAGAGAAGUGAGAGUUGAUAAUUGAAAUAACUGUAGGAAGAGGAGAAGUUAGAGCAUCUCUGGUUGCCAAUAUUUUGAACCUUAAACCUGAAGCUAGCAAAUAAGUUUCCUAACGUUUAUGGAAACUGGACGCUAAUGCAGUUAUGUUUAAUGCACAAGUGACAUGGUUUGAAAUAUGCCAUGACAUAUUCAAGUGUCAGCUCAAUAGAUAUUGUGCAAAGCAGCACCUGGGAAAAAUAGCACCAAGCACUUUUAUGCAUAAACUUAUUGUUCAUGUCAUGGGAAAUGAAGGAAAAAAUUUCAUAGAUAUUGUAAAAAUGUAUAUCAUUUUUUAAAUCUGAAAAAAAACCAUUACCAUAUCUAGUUUGGCCCAUGAUGAAGUUGUCACAGCUCAGUCACACAGUGAAAUGGCCAUAAUACACAGAAAUCUUUUAAUUUGAUUUAAAUGUGACGACACUCAUAAAUUGGUCAAAUGGCUGUGGACAUUAUUUGGCUAUUAAUCUUUAUUCCCAACAGUUGCUCCUUAGUGUAGAUUUCUCAUAAAAUCAUUUUCAAAUAUUUUAUAUUACAGAUUUAAAGUAUUUUCCUCUGUAAUGUACAUGGUUAAUGUUUUGUUUCAUAGGUGGCUGGCUAUGCCUGUGGUAUUGAUUUCUCUCCAGAAAUGAGGUAAGUAAAAAAAUUACAUAGUAUGUUUCUUUUAAUUUUAUUUUCUCUUUCUGGUUACGCUUAAAUUAAAAUCAAUCCAUUACCAAAAUAUGUGCAUUUCUUUUUAAUAUUUCACUUUAGUUUUAUUGUAAUUAAAAAUUUAAUGCAAAGUGUAUUACUUUUGACAGCUAUAUCUCAUGUGGGGACGCUGAUGGAAAAGUUUACAUAUGGGAUUGGAGGAGCACCAAGCUUUAUUCAAAGUUUAAGGCUCAUGAUGAUGUCUGCAUUAGUGUUUUGUGGCACCCCCAUGAGACCUCAAAGUUGGCAACAGCAGGAUGGGAUGGGGUUAUUAAAUAUUGGGAUUAAAUUAUCAAUCAAACUGAUUUGUAUGGGUUUUUUGGGGGGGGGGUUAAAUGCUGACACUAAACUAUUAAGUUUGCAAAAUCUUGAAGAGUUAAUUUCAGCAACAGUUUGAUACUUCAUGAUAUUUAAUAUAAUGGGCCAUUUCAACUAAGCCAAAAGUUAUAAAAUAAAUAAUGAGAAUGAAAUGUAAUUUUAUUCCUUUUGCCUUAGAUAAAUAGCUGAUUAAGAAAUAUCUGUAUUCGAAACAAUGCUUGUUUGUCCAAAGAAUUAAAAUUUGGGAAUGUUUUAGGUCUUCGCCAAUUUUAAAAUGACUAAUGAUUUGAUGAAUUCUUUUAUGCUGACACAUUUGUUUGUAUAUAUAAUUAAAUGAUUUAAAAUACAACACAUGUAUUGUUGAGUCCACUUAUUCUCAUCUUUUUUGAACAUCCGUCUUGUCAAUAAAUAUUAAAA